AUGAUUGAGGGAAUGGUGAAGGAUGGUGUUAUUGAACCUUCAUCUAGUCCAUGGUGUUCACCUGUGGUGCUGGUAAAGAAGAAGGACGGCAGCAUGCGGUUUUGUGUUGACUACCGCCGCCUGAACGACGUUACGAAGAAGGACAGCUAUCCCUUGCCUAGAAUUGAUGACACGCUGGACAUGCUCACAGGCGUAAAGUGGUUUAGUACGCUGGACCUGAAAAGUGGCUACUGGCAGGUUGAAAUUGACCCUAAGGACAAGGAGAAAACUGCAUUUUCCACAGGAAAGGGUCUGUGGCAAUUUAAAGUUAUGCCGUUUGGAUUGUGCAAUGCUCCAGCAACGUUUGAAAGAUUGAUGGAACUUGUACUUACCGGGCUAAUUGGAGAUGCCUGUCUGGUCUAUUUGGAUGAUAUCAUCAUCGUAGGCCGUACGUUUGAGGAACACCUUCAAAACCUGGAACGCGUGCUCAUGAAGAUCCAGAGUGCCAACCUCAAGUUGAGUCCAAAGAAGUGCUCACUAUUCAAACGGCAAGUUAGUUUUUUGGGGUAUGUAGUGUCGGAAGAAGGUAUCCGCACGGAUCCAGAGAAAAUUGCUGCUGUCAAGGAGUGGCCGGUCCCAAAAGACAAGACACAGGUUAGAGCAUUUUUGGGUUUGUGCUCUUAUUAUCGGCGAUUUGUGAAGAACUUUGCAGAUAUAGCCAAACCUCUGCACAAGCUAACCGAGGAGAAGCGACAAUUCUGCUGGGAUGAAAGUUGCGAUAUUGCAUUCCAGGAGCUCAAGAACCGCCUGUGCAAAACACCUAUUUUGGGGUACCCUGAUGCGGGCAAGGAAUUCAUAGUUGACACAGACGCAAGUGAUAUAGGACUUGGCGGUGUGUUGUCUCAACGGAAUGGUGAUCAAGAGAUUGUGAUAGCGUACUUCAGCAAGUCGUUGUCAAAGCCGGAAAGGAACUAUUGUGUCACAAGACGGGAAUUGCUUGCUGUGGUAAAGUCCUUGCAGCAUUUUAGCAAAUAUCUUCUAGGGCGGAAAUUCCACUUACGAACUGACCAUGCUGCACUGAAAUGGCUAUUGCAGUUCAAAAAUCCGGAAGGACAAGUUGCGAGAUGGAUAGAACUACUGCAGGAAUACGACUUUGUGAUCGAACAUCGCAGCGGGAAAUCUCAUGGCAAUGCAGAUGCAUUGUCAAGAAGACCUUGCCCUGAAGAUUGCAAGCAUUGUACUAGGCAAGAGGGUAAGGAAGUGGUAUCUGUGAGAAUGCUCAGGACAGACCAGCUCAGCAAUGAGUGGAAGGACAGCUUACAGCAUGCACAGCAGGAAGAUUCGGACAUUAAGCCGAUUCUGGAAUGGAUGAAGGCCAGUGCUCCUAAGCCCAAGUGGAGCGACGUCUCAGCAAUGAGUUCGACCACAAAAAGCUAUUGGGCCCAAUGGGACAGCUUGCUGAUUCAGGAUAGAGUCCUGUGCCGUAAAUGGGAAAAUGGUCGGGGAGACAGGUGUCAUUUGCAAAUGGUUGUCCCUAAGGCUAAAGUGCCGGAUAUUCUACAACUGUACCAUAGUAGUUCUUCAGGAGGCCACCUGGGAGUUAAACGAACUCUCCUGAAGAUCCGAGAACGGUUUUACUGGGUCGUGACGAUGUCGAGGACUGGUGCCGCAAAUGUACAAGUUGUGCGGCUGUAA